UAACCUAUAUAAAAUUCAAUAACGGUUUUUAAAUUUAAACCAGCUCUUUGUUGUUGACAGUUGUUGAUUAUCAACUGUUAAAGAGUAAUUCGUGUUAUUUUUUUUCUUUGUGACUUUUAAGCAAUUUAACAGUGUAAAUAAUUCUAGUUAUGGAUAUACUAAAUAAAAUUGUUGAAAGCGCUCCGUCUACAUUUUGGAAAAAAGGUAGAUUGGAAACAUUCGAAAAUUGGCCUUAUCAAUCAGCUAAUAUGUGUAACCCAGAGAAAAUGGCAGCUGCAGGAUUUUAUUUUGUUGGAAAUAAGAACGAGCCUGAUCUGGUCGAAUGUUUUAUUUGCUCUAAACAACUCGAUGGAUGGGAACCAAACGAUGAUCCUUGGGCAGAACAUAAAAACCAUAAAUCAUCUUGUGCUUUUGUCAAGUUGAAUAAACAAGAAGAAAUGUCAUGGACAAUAGAAGAUUUAUACCUUCUAGUUUGGGAAAGUGGUAAAAAAGAUUUGGAAAAAGAAUUCAAUGUUGCAAAGAAUAAACUCGAUAAUCAUAUCAAAGAUUUAUCGCAUCAAAUCCCUAAUAUUUACAAUGGAUCAACAAAAAGUCGAAAGAUAUAGUGAGUAGAUAAAUAUUCCUCUAUUUUGCAAUGAUUAUUAUUGCAAUUAAGCUUUAUCCAGAUAAGUUACUUUAGUACUGUUAUCUUCUUAUACCUUAAUAAUGGAUACUUAUAAUACAUUAAAUUAAUUCAAAUUAAAUUACGUAUCAAGAAUUAGAAAUCUUACUUUAUAGUUUAUUAUUAAUUAUUUUAUUAAGAUAGAAAUAAAAAUAGUUUUAAAAUGGUGAA